CAAUUGCAGUCUGUCUGUCGCCUUGAGAAGGUCGAGUCGAUUGUGUCUUGUAACGGUACUACACUUACCCGCAAUACUAUAUCGUGUACGUGUUCGAUUCUUCAUCAUCCCUUACGUGAGCCAAAAGGAAUACAAAAAUAUCUAUCCACCCUGCCGUUGUUCCUAUGCAUGUUUUAUAUUAAAAUAAGUCGUACCUUUAAUGUAGAAUUAGAUAUAGGCUACGCACCUCGUGCAUAAAUUUAUACUACGCGUGUUUGUUGUUAUUGUGGAAAGUGAGACGAGAAAGGGCACCGUCACCAACACCGCCACUGUCACCGCUACUGUUGCUGUAGCUGUGGUUUAUUUUAAAUUCAUCGUUACCUUUUAUUUUUACCGGUGAGUUACGUCUUUUUGUGGACACUUUUCAGUGUGGUUUCAGUUCGGUUUACGGGGGCCAACGGCCAAGGUGAGGUUUUUGUUUUCGAUAGUGCAAACGCGGACGGUCGUUCAACGGAUUGGCGGCGGCGGCGGUACGGCGCAGCGUGAAUGAAUGAAUCACAAUCAUAAUUAUUGUUAUCCUUACCCCGCAAGGUAAAAAAAGAGUGAAAAAUAGUGCUCGGCGUAGCGGUCGGCUCUGCCUUGGUUUUGGUUGUUUUGUUGUGCCUGUGCCAUCGUCUUUUCGUUCUUCUUAUAUUUAUUUUCUCCCUCACGACUCGAGUCGAGACUUCUUUCACCUUUUUUCUGUUUCAUUCAUUUUGUUAUCACGAGUUUGUGAAAAGUUUCACAUUUUGAUUACGAAAAUAGUGUGAAGGGCAGUUUGCAAAAAAAUAAUAAAAAGUGCAGCAACAAACACACAUUCACAAUCCGCUUGGUGUAUUGGUUUUGAGGAAGGGAAGAGGAAGCCGUGGGGACGGACGGCACUGAAUACAACAAAAGUGGCAACAAGAAAAUAAUUUAAAAAAAUAAACAGCAAAAUGUCAGCACUCAGCAGCCGUCAUCAAAAGAUGGAACAACAGAGACAACUGAUGGAAGCAUUAAUCCGACAGAAACGUGCCUCUCCUGGCAUGGUACAAGCUAGUGAUUUGCAAAUAAUGCGCCCCAUGUCCGGAAUGAGGAACAGCAAUAGCCGAGAAAUGCAUGCCUACGAUGGACCAAUGCAAUUCAUGAGUUCACCACAGAAUCCCGAUCAAAUAUUGACAGCAAAUUCGAAUUCGAUGCGAACAAAUUCAUCGUCCAAUCGCCAUGAAGACCUAAUAGAGGAAAUCUCGUCACACGAAAUAGAGGACGAGGAAAGUAGCCCGAUUGAUGCAAUCACAGUUUCCAAAUCCAACAUUGACACCUCGGAUGACUAUGUAAAUCGAAAUGUUGCCGGUGCGGCUCCCAUCACGCCAUCUACUGGCGGUGAUGGUGGCAAGGGUGCCCAAAAUAUAUCCAAUGAGCCUGAAGGUGAUGUUGUGGGACAGAUUGAUCAUUUUGUCAUGCAACCAGCGCCACAGGGUGUUCUAUUUAAAUGUCGCAUAACGAGGGAUCGCAAAGGCAUGGACAGAGGUCUAUUUCCAAUUUAUUAUCUUCAUUUGGAGAGAGACUAUGGCAAGAAGAUAUUUUUACUUGGAGGGCGUAAACGGAAAAAGAGUAAAACAUCAAAUUAUAUUAUAAGUUGUGAUCCGACAGAUCUAUCAAGACAAGCUGAUGGCUUUUGCGGGAAACUACGUUCAAAUGUAUUUGGAACUUCUUUUUCGGUAUUUGAUAGAGGCAACAAAGAUGACCCAGAGAGCCCAAGACUAGAUUUAGCAGCCAUAAUCUAUGACACUAACAUAUUAGGUUUCAAAGGUCCUCGUAAUAUGACUGUGCUCCUCCCUGGAAUGACAGAAGAGGAUUUACGUGUCAAAAUUAGUUCGACUGAUCCCCGUCAACAAGGCUUAUUAGAUAGUUGGAAAUCAAAGAACAUGGACAACAUAGUCGAACUGCAUAAUAAAACACCCGUCUGGAAUGACGAAACUCAAUCCUAUGUGCUGAAUUUUCAUGGUCGUGUUACUCAAGCAUCGGUCAAAAAUUUUCAACUUGUACACGACUCUGAUCCUGAUUAUAUAGUUAUGCAAUUUGGACGAACUUCAGAGGAUGUAUUCACAAUGGACUAUCGAUAUCCCUUAUGUGCAUUGCAAGCCUUUGCAAUUGCUCUAAGUAGUUUUGAUGGGAAAAUUGCUUGUGAAUAAGGAAAACUUAAUCAUCGUCUGAUGAUUUUCUACAUAUUUUCUUUUUAUAUGUAAUUCAGCUAGAAAAUUGAAAAUCAAAAAAUAAUAAUUAUGAAUAUAAAUAAUAAAAAAAUAUUUUAUAUCAAUUGAAUAAAAUAUUCAAAUUAAUAAUUUGUAAUUUGCAUAAAUGAUCAAAAUUUUGUAUUUUUGUCUGAGAAAAUAAAAAUUAUAUAAAUGUAUAUUUAAUGUUAGUUAAUGCUAAAUAAUAAAUUAUAAUACUAUUUUGAGAACAAGAAAAAAUAACAAAGUAAAUGGAUGCCUUAAUUUAAAAAAUAAAUGGGUUUAUUAAAAAAAAAAGAAAAAUUAACCUAGUAUAUUAAGUCACUAUUGCAAAACCACACAAAAUUUAUUUAAAUUUUAUUUUAGACUUAAGAAUAUUGUAAAUAUUAACCAGUUUCUUUUUAUUUUAUUUUAAUUGUAUAUUAAUAUUAUUUUUCUAGUCAUUUUUAAAUAAAUAUUUUGUUUUAUAGAAUAAGUUACUUCUUAGACAUUGCUAUGAUCGAUGCCGUGAAAAAACGUUCAAUCUUGUUUCUUAUUUGGCUACAUUACUAUUUUUGUUUACAAAAUUUUAGAAUGUUUUCAGUAUUUAAAAUUCCUUUCUUAAAAUAAAUUUAAUACAACAUAUAUUUUAUUUAAUAUCAUCUUGGUAGUGAAGUUAUCAUACUAAAAAUCAUACAUAUUUAGUUCAACUUUAAAAUGGUCGUCAGAUGCUGGUUUUUAAAAUAGUAAAUUUUGUAUUCUAAACCUUAAUCAGGUUGUAUAUUACUUAUUUAAAUUGUUGAGCUGUAAUUUUCGAGUAAAAAUUUUUCGUAAAAUCAAAAAAACUGCCUAAGAAAACACCUUUCUCAAAUAUUUAAUUUAUUAAUAAAUCUAAAAAAAUAAAAUUAUUCACGGCAUCGCUAAUUACUCCGCUUAAUUUAUCACGUGUUUAAUAUUAAUUUGUAAUACAUUUUUAUUUAUUGUAAAAACAAAGUUCGCUUAUUACUUUGUAUGUAAUUAUUAUUUAUUAAAACAUUUUGUACAAUUACAUUCUUAAAAAUUCAUCGAAAGGUAUUCUUAUACACGCACAAAUGUUUGUUUAUAUUUAUUUUAUAAAUUUAAGAAAAAAUCAUUGCUCAAACUUUGUUUAUAUUCUAUAAUUUAUGUCACGUGUGAUUUUCACUUUUUUGUACUUAAAUACUUUCAAUCUAAUAUAAGUUUAAUAUUAAUUUAUGAAAUUGAUUUUCAUAAAAAAACAACAACAAACAAAUUAAAAAAAAGAAAACAAUGUUUUUUUUUUCUAAUUUAAGAAAGAAAUUAAAAAAAUCAUGUAUUUGCAAAAUGCUCAAACAUUUUUAUUUACUUAAAAUGUAUUUAAAAAAAUCGAAUGAAAACUCAUUAUACAUUUUACACAAUAUUUUGGUUAUUAUAAUAGGGUAAAUUUACCUUUGUAUUACAAUAAAAAACAAAUCAAAAUUCAUCGUGAAUAUUAAAGUGGUAAAAAUUAAA